CCAUCCCUCCCCCCCUCCGCUGUGUCCCCGGGGUCUCUAUGGAAACGGGAGUCAACAGCGGGACCUCGCCCCGGAGGCUGCUGCUGCUGCGCCGCUGCCCUGCUCGGAGUCUCUUCCCUCGGGUUGGAGAAGGCGCGCCUGGGCUGCGGGAGCAUCAUGGCAGAGAGCGUAGACAUGGCCUCAUUGGAGGAGAGUUUCCGGAAAUUUGCCAUAUAUGGAGAUACCAAAGCUACGGGCCAGGAAAUGAAUGGCAAAAACUGGGCCAAGCUGUGCAAAGAUUGCAAAGUCAUUGAUGGCAAAGGGGUCACGGGCACUGACGUGGAUAUCGUCUUCAGCAAGGUGAAGGGGAAGACGGCCAGAGUCAUAAACUAUGAGGAGUUCAAGAGUGCCUUGGAGGAUUUGGCCCCGAAGAGGUUUAAGGACAAAAGCAAGGAGGAAGCCUACGAAUCUAUCUGCAAACUGGUGGCAGGGAAAGAACCAGCCAAUGUGGGCGUCACGAAAGCCAAGUCUGUGGGGGCCGUGGAGCGACUCACCGACACGUCCAAGUACACGGGUUCCCACAAGGAGCGCUUUGACGAGAGCGGGAAGGGCAAAGGCAAGAGCGGGCGGGAGAACAUCGUGGACAACAGCGGCUAUGUGGGCGCCUAUAAGCACGCAGGCACUUACGACGCCAAAGUGAAGAAAUAGCAGCAGCCCCUCCUGCUCAUGCCUCUUUGGGGGAGAGGUCACCCUAAUGGCACGCAUCCUGCCUGCUCGGCCUCCUCCAGCCUCAGAGCUAUUGCUGGGACAGAUGCCUGCCUUCUCUCAGGCAAAUGAUGCCGCAGUGGUCCUCCUUGGCCAUGUGCUCACUUUCCAAUAUUACACAAAGCCAGAGGUAUAUCUGCAACCCUGCCCCCAAUAUACAGCUCAUCCAAAGCUUUAUUACCUCAGUCCCCCUCCCUCUUCCACAGGCCUCUUCUGCUUCAGAAGCUUCACCCACACCACUGCUCUGUUCACUAAUGCUAAAGCACUUACUCAUGACAAAACAAUAGUAGUUAAAGGUGCUGAGCUUCUGUCAAGGAGGUGAGAUCUCCAUAGCUCUUGCCCUGGGCUUUUGCAAACAUCUCAUUCCCUUCUGCCCAGUCCAGUAACCACUCCUUCUCUCUCGUGGCAGCUGUCUCCAGACGACUGCCCUCCAGAUGUGCUGGAGUAUUACCAUCUCAGCUGGUUCUGCUGCUGGCUGGGUAUAUGAGGAGGGCGCACACCUGCAAGGUCCUCAGGUUGGAAAGGAGUUCCCAUUGUGCAUCACUUCUCUGCUUCUGUGCUGUUUAUAAAGAAAGUGCUAAUUAUAAUCCUUAGGCCAAGGCAACUACCCCGUGUUAAGUACCAUAUCUCAAGACUGCACAUGUCCCUCCUCCAUCUCUUAAGGAAAAACACAUCUCAGUUUUCGAAAAUAUAUUUACAAAACAUAAUAGAUCAGUCUGUGGCAGCCUUA